UCCUUUCAUGGCGCAUGCGCGCCGCCUGCAUCCGGCACCCGGGUAAAAUUGCUGCCGGGCUCUCCCGGGCGUGCUUCUCCUAAUCAUGGCUCCGGACUCGGGGCCCUUUCCCGACGGACAGCUUUUGAAGCUGCUGCCGGUGGAUCCCCGGGACCGGGGCACCCAGCGCUGCCGCCUGGGGCCGGCCGCCUUCCGCAGCCUGGGCGCACGCUUGGGCUCGCCGCUGAGGAUCACGUUGCCCGCCGGCGGCUGCUGCCUCUGCACGGCCUGGCCCCGGCGCGACGGGGCGGACGGCUUUGUGCAGCUGGACCCGCAGUGCGCGAGCCCCGGGGCCGAGACGGCAGCGGGGAAAAUCAGUCUGGAGAGCUUGCAGCCGGUGCCCUGUCCGCCGCUGCGGCGGGUCGCGGUGUGGCCGGUGCUGCGACCGCAGGCGGGAACCCCGAGCCCCGAUGCGGUGCUGGAGGUAGCGCACGAGCUGCUGCGUCACCGGCCGGUGUCGCGGGGACACGUGGUGGCCACCCCACCGGGCAUCCCCGGCCCCGUCGCCGCGCUGCAUGUGGUGGGCGGGACGCCGGACCCUGAGCCCGCCGGCUUGGUCACACCGCACACCCGCAUCACGCUCAGCGACAAGCCGCCGCCCCAGGUCGAGCCCCCGGAGGAGGUGGCCCUGGGGGGCCUGUCGGAGACGGCCGCCUCCCUGCGGGAGCUGCUCCGCCUGCCGCUGCGCUACCCGCUCGCCCUGGGCGCGCUUGGGCUGGCGGUGCCCCGCGGGGUGCUCCUGGCUGGACCCCCGGGAGUGGGCAAGACUCAGCUGGUGCGGGCGGUGGCGCGCGAGGCGGGCGCCGAGCUGCUUGCGGUGAGCGCCCCGGCGCUGCAGGGCGCCCGGCCCGGGGAGACCGAGGAGAACGUGCGGCGCGUCUUCCAGCGCGCUCGGGAACUGGCCAGCCGCGGGCCCAGCCUCCUCUUUCUGGACGAGGUGGAUGCCCUGUGUCCCCGGAGAGGCGGCCCGCGGCGAGCCCCCGAGAGCCGGGUAGUGGCCCAGGUGCUGACGCUGCUGGACGGCAUCCACGGGGACCGGGAGGUUGUGGUUGUGGGAGCCACCAACCGGCCAGAUGAGUUAGACCCAGCGCUGCGCAGGCCCGGGCGGUUUGACAGAGAGGUCGUCAUUGGGGCUCCCACACUUAAACAAAGAGAGACAAUUCUGCAAGUGAUUACUUCCAAGAUGCCCGUCUCCAGUCACAUCGACUUAGGUCUCCUGGCAGAAAUGACAGUUGGCUACGUUGGUGCCGACCUGACCGCGCUCUGUAGGGAGGCUGCCAUGUGUGCCCUUCUUAAGAGUGAGAAGAGCCAUGACAGUCCUCAGAUUGACGAAACGGACUUUCUUGACGCUUUGAAAAAGAUUCAGCCCUCAUCAUUUCGAAGUGUUAUUGGGCUGAUGGACAUCAAGCCUGUUGGCUGGGAGCAGAUAGGGGGACUUGACGACGUGAAGCUGAAGUUAAAACAGUGUGUUGAGUGGCCUCUGAAGUUCCCUCAGGAGUUUGCUAGGAUGGGUCUGAAACAGCCAACCGGCCUUCUCCUCUAUGGCCCCCCUGGAUGUGCUAAGACCACUCUGGUGAGGGCCCUGGCCACAAGCUGCCGCUGCUCUUUUGUGUCAGUGAGCGGAGCCGACCUCUUUUCACCUUACGUUGGAGAUUCGGAGAAAGUCUUGUCUCAGUUUUUAAAAAUCAUUGCACAUGUGUGUGCCCAUGUGUGGCAUGUGCACUUGUGUGCAGGUGCUCACAUAGGCCAGAGAGGAUGCUGGAUUCCCCUGGAACUGGAGUCGCCAGUGUGGGUAUUUCGACAAGCAAGAGCCAAUACGCCAGCGCUUGUGUUUUUGGAUGAAAUUGACUCAGUCCUGGGGUCUCGCUCAGUCGGCACCUUGGGAUGUGAUGCUCGGGAGCGAGUUCUUUCAGCUCUGCUGAAUGAGCUCGAUGGUGUGGGAGUUAGGACGGUAGAGAGAAGAGGGAGUAAAUCAGACCACCAGGAAUACCAAGAGCUUCUUCAUCGGAAUGUCAUGAUCGUUGUGGCAACCAAUAGGCCUGACGUCUUGGAUGAGGCCUUGCUGCGGCCUGGAAGACUGGAUAAGAUGAUCUAUGUCCCCCCUCCUGAUCAGGAGGGCAGGCUUUCUAUUUUAAAAGUCUGUACAAACAACAUGCCGAUAGGACCUGAUGUUUCCUUAGAAAAGCUAGCGGCAGAAACGGGUUUUUUCUCUGGAGCCGAUCUUAGAAACCUCUGCAAAGAGGCUGCCUUGUUUGCUCUGCAAGAGAACGGACUGGAAGCAACCUCAGUGAAACAAGAGCACUUCAGGGAAUCGCUUAGGACUGUGAAGCCGUCCUUGAGUCGGGAAAGCUUGACAGUGUAUGAAAACUUAUUUAAGAAAGGACUUUCUGCCUUGGAAGAUAAUUAAUUUUUUUUUAAUUCAGUUUUUCAUUUUCUUAUGGUUUGCGACUUCACACUUUCCUAGGAGAGAGAGAGAGAGAGAGAGAGAGAGAGAGAGAGAGAGACUGAGAAACUUGCCCUGAUAAACACCAUCUUACUUCUAGAAAGUAUAUUAAAACACUAAUAAAAAGUG